AUGUCCGACGCUCCGCUUCCCUCGUCCUUUGACGGCAACGAGGACUUCUACUCAGAAAACCGCAUGCAAAAGCUGACGCGGCGGCUGCGCGAGGAGCCGCUCAUCCCGCUAGGCUGCCUGCUGACGUGCUGGGCGCUGCUGGGCGCGACGCGCGCGAUGAAGAAGGGCGACCACAACACGACGAACCGCAUGUUCCGCCGCCGCAUCUACGCGCAAGGCUUCACCAUCGCCGCCAUGGCUGCGGGAAGCAUGUACUGGUCCGAGGACCGCGAGAAGCGCAAGGAGUUCGACGCCCUGCAGCAGCAGAAACAGGCGCAGGAGAAGCGCGAGGCUUGGCUGCGCGAGCUCGAGGCCCGUGAUGAGGAGGAUAAGGCGGCGAAGGCGAAGCUCGAGAAGAGGAGGGCGUUGAAGGCGGAGAGGGAGGCGUUGUUGAAGAAGCAGCAGGAGGAAGAGGGGAAGGGGUUGACGGAGACGAAGAGUGUGGUUGAGGGUUGUGAGAUGAGAGGGUUGGGUGUGCUGGCGGCGGUGAGGGAUUUGGUUGCGAGUAGGAGAUAG